CACUCUGCACUAGCCCCGCCUCCCUCGCUCAGUCACGUGACUGUGACAUCACUCUCCAUACAUCCCAGGGUCUAGUAUGGCUACGGUGCUGUCCAGGGCUCUGAAGCUGCAAGGAAAAAAGUCCCAUGACCCCCGGGAGUAUGACCCUCUUACACAGGCAGACAGUGAUGAGAGCGAGGACGACCUUGUCAUUAACAUCCAGCAUAACGGACUUCAGAAUGGAAAGGGCACCCAACAUACAACAAAUGAACUUGAUUCUGAUGUUGAAAGAAUUUCAAAGCGAGUUCAACAACGAAAAAUCGAUCAUAAACAAGAGGGGUUAGCUGCUACGGGUGGACUGGAACCACAGCUUAAGGCAACAUCCUCAUUGGUGUCUUAUGUGCGGACUACAGUCUUCAUUCUGACCGUUGUCAUCUCUAUGAUAAUGGUUCUGGUUUGUGCUUUCCUAAUCCCUUGUCCACUGCCUAGUCAACAGCAUGUUUGGUAUCUCAACGUGGGUUAUGAGCCUGAGGUGUCCCCUCCAAUGGAGUUGUUUGAUGUGAAUAAAGAUGGAGUACCUGAUAUUCUCCUGUUGUCUGUAUCACCCAAUGCCAACACUUCACUUGUUGUUUUGGAACAGGAGCCCAGUAUUUCUGCACUCUCUGGGAUUAAUGGUAGUUUGCUGUGGAAGAGAAAUUCUCAGGAGUACCUCAGGAGCAUUCAGUGUGGGCAAUUGGUUUUGAAAACCCAGCAAAAUGACAUGUGUCUUUUAACUGGGACAUCCAAACUCCUAACUUUAAUAAGUGCAUCCACAGGGUCAACCAUAUGGACCAUGAAUCCAACCCAUGUAUCUCUUGAAACUAUGGCAGCACCUGCUGUUGUUUUGCCAGAUCUAGAUGAGGAUAAUACCAGUGACUUAUUGGUUCUCACCAUUGGAGAAAGUCAACCAGAUCUUGGUUUCCUUUUGGUGUCCGGUCUUACUGGAAAGCCUUUGGGUGGAAUAGUAAAAUACAACAGGAUGGGAGAAGGAAAGGUUAUAGACCCUCAGGCAUACUACACAAGUCAAGGGGCUAUUUACAUUCUUUUUGGGUUUGGCAACAUCCAGGCAGUAGCAUUAAAAGAUAUCUAUGCACAAGCUAAAAACCGAGAUAGUUUUCCAAAUGUAUUGCAAAAGAAUGAGCCUGACUGGGAGAAGAGAAAGGCAGUUAAUCUCUCCAAGUUGAUCAGUGUUUACAGUUCAGAUGUGGAAUUUCUUCAGACAAUACCAGUUUUUGGGAGCAACUGUAGUGACCUGCUUGUUACCACCAAUAAGGGUCUAUCUCUCCUGCGCGGGCAAGAUUUGGAACCGAAAUGGAGCUUCCCUCGCAAGAACAUUUAUAGUAUUCCUCAGCCCGGUUAUUUUAACACUGAUGGGAAUCUGGAUUUCUUUUUACAAAUUCAGAGUAGCAAUGAUAUGAAAAAGGUUGCUGUAAUUGAUGGAUCCACAAGUGCAUUACUUUGGGAAUGGGAGAUUCCAUGGCAUGAAAGGGAUGUAAAAGCUUUGUCACUUCUAACUGCAGAUGGGAAAUCUGUGUUCCUUUUCUGGGGAGAGGGACAGUCUACAGAAAACAACUCGAAACAGGCGCUGGAUACAAAAUCGGAGGACCAUUUGAACAGACAUCUCUACUUACUCUACCCAACCUACCCUGGGGUUGUUCUAGAGCUUUUCAAAGUUACAGCAAGCAUAGUUGCCACAAGUGGAGGCAUCAUAGAGCUUGAGAAGGAUGUUGUUCUUGCUAUAAUGACGGCAGAAAAGGGACCGAACACAGACAAGUUGCCUCGAAAUUUGACAGUCAGUAAAUUAGGCAUGAAAUGGGCACUUUCUAACAGUCGAGCACUGUCACUAGGACAUGUGAACAUGAAACCCAAAGUAGAAGAUGUUAAAAGAAUACUCGCCAGGCUAAAGUUUAGUGCCGUACCUCAAAGGCUUUUGUAAUUUUGAAGGAGCAAGACAAUCAAGAGUAGAAAAAAAACUAUUUUCUGAAUGGCAGUCAACAUGUUUCCCUACUUCAUGUCAUAUGUAAAGUCAUAGAAUCAGCUUUAUUCUCUUAGAAAAUAUCUCAAAACUCACAAUGAGGGGGGUGAUUGUAAUACUGUCUAAUUUUAUGUUGUCUUGUAUACUAUCACCAUCUUACCGAGCAUUGUUCUAGCCAUUUGAAUGUGGCAACAAAUUGCAAAACUUUGUACUGAAAAUACCAAACUCCUCCUUAAUGAUAGUAAGGUUGUUGGGGUAAUCUUUUAUUACUUGGUACUAUGACACCAGUGUUGACAUCAUUGGGGGCUUAUUUAGUAAGCCAGAAAGAAAUGUGAAAGUUUAGUAACGAUUGUAAUUCUCUGAGCUAUCUCUAUUCAAGUGAAAGCUGGAGAGGUUACUGUAUAUGGCAGACUUAUGAUGUUCUUUAUGCUGCUUUGUAGAAAACUUUUUACUUUUACUAUAAACUGUGAAUACUGAAUAGUAAAUUUUAACUGCAGUUUUGUUAAAAUGUUACCAUGAUAUGCAUGUUUAGCACAAUUGUCAUAAAUUGGAAAAAGUAGACCAUGGAUCAGGGUGUUAAUGUUGGAAAAGCUAUAGCCUUUACUAGUAUACGUGUCCUACAUGUCUUGCUCAGGCUUCAAAAGAAGGAAAAGUGUGAUGCCAAACAGCUGAACUGCAUUUUUUGUUUAGUAUGUAAGACAGGUCAAAUGUCAGUGUUUAUUAAAAUAUUUCAUAAGCUUGAAAAAAAGUAACCAGAACACUUAUGUGAGUACAUAAACUUUAAUAUAUGUACAUUUAUGAACACAUGUUUAUGCAAAAUACUGUGUGGAAAGCACUGCCUGGAAAAGUUGCAUCAUUUGUUCUAUCUUGAUACUAAAGAGCUGAUCCCAACUCAGUCAGGCACAAAGCCA